AUGUUGCAUAGCGUUCGUAGAGCAGCGCUCGCCAAAUGCUCUGUACGAAGCCGACUACGCGGUCUUGCCACUGAAGCUACCGCUGACGUGUAUGAUGUAUGUGUCAUCGGCGGAGGACAUGCUGGAUGCGAGGCAGCAGCAGGUGCAGCGCGAACAGGCGCACGAACCGUACUCUUGACGCAGAAAGUCCAUACCAUUGGCGAAAUGUCGUGUAAUCCGUCCAUAGGAGGCGUCGGGAAGGGAACCUUAGUUCGUGAGGUGGAUGCUCUAGACGGCGUGAUGGGGCGUGUAGCCGACAAAGCUGGGAUACAGUUUCAUAUGCUGAACAGGUCGAAAGGACCCGCCGUUUGGGGCCCCCGUGGGCAGAUGGAUCGUACUCUGUACAGGAAGAACAUGCAGGAAACGCUACUGAACUACAAGAACCUCGACGUCCGCGCAGGAAGCGUCUUUGACCUCAUCUUCGACCAUACGCAGCCCAGCACCAGCCAGAAUGUAUGGGGGCAAGUUGAAGGUGUACGACUCGAGUCUGGCGAGGUCAUCAAAUGCUCGCAGGUCGUGAUAUGCACAGGCACAUUCCUGUCCGGCGAGAUACACAUUGGGCAAAAGACCUUCCCCGCUGGCCGGUUAGGCGAUGAUCCGUCUGUCGGGUUGUCUGCUUCUCUCAAUAAAGCUGGAUUUGCACUCGGUCGCCUUCAAACCGGGACCCCUGCCCGUCUCGACGGCUCCACAAUCAACUUCGCGGGGAUGGAGAGACAGGACGGCGACGCUGAUCCACAGCCGUUCAGUUUCUUGAACCGGGAUGUGGAUAACAAGGACAACCAAGUCGCUUGCUACAAGACGCACACGACUGCUGCGACGCACGACCUUGUGCGCGAGAGCAUGCACCUCAGCGUUCAUAUCCAGGAAACCAAGAAAGGCCCCCGCUACUGCCCGUCAUUGGAGUCCAAGAUUAAACGCUUCGGGCAACGGGACGGCCAUAUAGUCUGGUUGGAGCCCGAAGGCUAUGACUCUAAUAUCAUCUAUCCGAACGGCAUCUCGAAUAGCAUGGAAGAGGAGCUACAGCUGCCUAUGCUACGAACGAUACCUGGACUUGAGAACGUGGAGAUGGUCCGUCCAGCGUAUGGUGUCGAGUACGACUUCGUCGACCCUCGCGAGUUGACGGCAACGCUGGAGACCAAGCGCAUCAAAGGCCUCUUCCUUGCCGGGCAAAUCAACGGGACGACUGGUUACGAAGAGGCCGCUGCUCAGGGUGUGUACGCAGGUAUCAAUGCAGGUCUUGCAGCGCUCCGUCGAGCGCCAUUCAUCCUGACCCGCGCCGACGCAUACAUCGGAGUGAUGGUCGACGAUCUCAUCAACAAGGGUGCACAAGAACCAUACCGCAUGUUCACCUCGCGAUCGGAGUACCGUCUCUCUUUACGGAGCGACAACGCCGACACGCGCCUGACAGAACUGGGAUACCUUGCGGGCGUUGUCUCAGAUGAGCGGUUGAGCGCGUUUAGACAGACGCGGGACGAGAUGGCGCAUACGAUCGAGCUUUUGCGGAAGGAAUCGCUCAGUCCUCAAGGAUGGGACGCACAUGGCAUCCACUUGCAACGUGAUGGGAUCAAGCGCACGGCGUACGAUCUCCUCUGUGGGCCCAGUCUCAGCGUCCAGGAUUUCUUUGCCGUUCUGCCCGCCCUGAAGGGUAUCGAUGCGCGCGUACUUGAGCGCGUUGGCAUCGAGGCUCGAUACGCGGUGUUCUUACACAGACAAGAAGCCGAGCUAUCACUCUUCCGAGCCGACGAAGGGCUCGCACUUCAACCCGACAUCGACUACACCACCGUACCCGGACUCAAUAACGAAGAGCGCGAGCGGCUUGGUCGCAUACGUCCGAGAAGUAUCGGCGCCGCCAAGAGGAUGGAGGGCGUCACCGCGUCUGGGGUCGUCGCACUGCUUCGAUACGCCAAAAGGACAUAUGCUCAGUCGCAGAGGGCGAAAGGAUCGAUUCUGGAUGAUGCGUUGUUAUCGGCUACACCGCCAGUUGGAGUGACAUCUACCGCUGGCCUUUGA